AUUCGCUGCCGAUAGGUCUGCGCUUGUGCUUUACUCCCAUCACUCCCUCUCUUUCCCAUUGGCUGCUUCCCUCUCCCACACAUAGACACGGACACACACACACACAAGCACUGGCUCUGAGCUCAGACACCAGAGUUGGCGUUCUCGAGCGGAGGUCGAGAGAGGGACAGAUGGGAUCCGCACACGACGCUCGGUGCAGCACUGAUCACGACCGAGACAUUGAGAAGAGACUCUGGCAUGGAAAAGAGGACAGCGAGACGGAGGAAAGAAGAUGGUACAGAAUCAGCAGGAUGGGACUGAGAAACCUGAGCAUCUCCGAAGCUUCCUGAAGAUGACAAGAUCUCUUUUUAGUUUCCAGCACUUCUGAAAAGGACAGUUUUGAACGUCUCAUGCACUCGUGCUUGGAUCGAAUGGGAAGUUUCUGAGAAAACAGCCUUGCUUUGUUGACGCCGUAUGCUGAGACGUUUGAUAGCGGAGGCCCUUCUGAACGGCAGUGUUUCCUACUCCGUCGCGGGUGCUCUGUUGAUUCCCAUCACAUCCAGAGGCCUCGGCAUGUCACGGCCAAUCACAUCAAUGCCGUGAUGCGCCACAGGAUGAAGAUGAGGAUGAGGAGGAGGUUGUGGUAGAGGAACACAAGUGCCCGAAGGCUGAGCUCUCCUCCUCCCAAACCCCUGUCGAGCAUCACAGUAAUCAUCACUAAUCCUAAUAAUCAAGCUUUCUCCGUGACCGACGGGGGUGUUGCCAUGAAAAAGAUGUUUCCUGUGGAAAAAAGCAGAUGUUCCAGUUCUGGUCCUGUCUCAAGAAAAUGAUGAGGUGAACGUCUCAAGUAAAGAAACUCAAGGACGAAUGUGAGAGAUAAAAGUCAGCUUGAAGAGAUGCAUUGCCUAGUCCUGGACUGUCAAGAUAUGCUACACCAGAGAGGACUGUGCAUACAAGCUUUGAGUUGGAAAGUAGGGCAUUAAAGGUGUCGGGACAUCCUCUCACUGGUCAGCCUGAAAACUGUAUCCCAUUAAUAUUUUAUUUGCCUUGAUAUUUUUAGGACAAGCAUGGUUACAACUGCUGCAGACGUACAUAGUGAGAGUUAUGUGACGUGAGAUUUUGCUCUUGGCUAUGAAACCAUGAUGCAGACUUCUGGGACAUACUCGCAAGCUUACCCUGCCAAAGUUUCAUGUUCUUCAGGACUUACACAAAGAGAGUAUCACCAAGGUCAUUGCUCACUGAGCGUUUAAGUGCCCCUUGGGACUAAUGGGGCUGAAGCUCAGGAUACACCCAGUCCCUCUUUUGCAUAAAAAAACACUUGCAUAUAAAGACUCUUCGUGCCAAAUCCAGAACCUACUCUGACAACAUUACCACAAAGACUUACACAGAAACCCUCAGUCAUGUGACCUGAGGAAAGGACCAGUCACAUGCUCUGCUGCCAUCGGCUGGUCUAUUUUAUUUUUUUUUAUUUUUGUUACUGCAGCAUUUGUCAUGUUCAGAGUUUGCCAAAUAUACUGUGUGCUAUAACUGAUUUUUUUAUCUAAUUAAUUGUUCAUUCAUAUUUGACUUGUGAAAUUAGACCAAAAAAAAAAAAAAAACAGUCAAUUUUUUAUUAAUAUCUAUGGUCCAUAAUCUACUCUUGGAUAACAUGGUGAGCAAAGAGCCCAACCAUUUGCCAACUGUUCACAGCCACAGCAAUGGCAACCCAGACAAAACACCCACCACAGUGACUGUGCGCUCAGUGCUCCUCAACCGGAACUCUCCAGAUAUUGAAAGCAGACUUAAACGGAGACGAAAUCGCACACAGCAGGUACGCUUUAAAGAUUUGGAGGAUGAUGAUGAGUCUAAGGAUAAAAAUGCGAAGGCGAGAAGUAAGAGCCCAACAGAGGUUCCAAUCUGGCAGAAAGAGUUGACAAAUGGGCCCUCGCUGGUGGGAGCAGUCCGUGGGGACAUGGAAAAGACAAUUGGAGCAGUGACAGCAUUUUUGAAGAGAGCGCCACCGCACCCACUUACCCCUGGGCCUACCAGACGCUGCUGGGUCCCAACACAUCCAUGUUCGCUCACACUGCCGCUGCCAACUCAGCCAUGCAGGAGCACAGCCAUCCAAACCUCACCCAGUUUGCAGAAGCCUCCCUCGCUCUCUGCCAUGCAGACUCGCAGUCACAGCCUGGGUGGAGCCGGGGAUUACGGAGACUCCUCCGAUGAGCUGACUGCACAGGUCUAUGUUCCACCUUGUAGAUCACAGAAGAGCUCUGUCCAACAUUGUACCCCUGCUGAGCAAUCAAGGUGCCAGAAAACUGAGGACAAUCAAACUGCCUCUGCGGGUACAUCAACACAACUCCAGCCAUGUUCUGCUGUGCCACAAAAACAGUCUAGAAGGAGAGGUAGGAGGAAAUCUUUAAACAGAGCAGCAAGUGAUCCUGGGAAACCUGAGCCUCCUUGUACUUCUCCAACUAAAACUGUGCACAGAAGUCACCAACUGUCUAACCAACUCAAGAAGCUUCCAUCCAAAGUUGUGGCACACAGAACUUCAGAUAUCGUGCCUCCGCAGCGUUCCCCCACACCCAACACAGUUCAUAAUACGCCAUGUAGUGUCUCUUCCACACAGACUGAAUCAAGCAGUGAUUCAAAAAUCCAAACUGUCCCAGAUAACACAACCUCUGAGGUAGACCCUGCAUCUUGUACAUCUCACACGGCACCACCUCCAUCAAUCACAUGUCCCAAAGAAACAUCACAUUGUUGCCCACCGCAGGCUGCUGCGGAGAACAUAAAUUUGACCCCCACUGUACCAGAGCCUUUGUGCACUACCACAGCACAAGUCAUAUCCACUGUAACCACACCCUCAACACAUGGGCAAUCAUGCAUGUCUCCUAUUGAGUCUACAGGGCAUUGUUGCACACCUGGUAUUCAGAAUAUGGCAAAUUGUAAGACUCCCUCAGUACCCGAGCCCCAAUGCAUUCCAGAUUCAUAUACAGAUCCCACAACUCCUGCUCAGUCCACGCCUUGUUUCCAGACGUUGGAGGAAACUAUUCCUUGCUCCAGCACAGCUGGCUCCAAGGCAGCGUCCUGUUCUCAAGGAGCACAUGCAGUUGCCUCUGUGUUCAGCUCCACACAGCCAUGCCAGAAGACUCCAACUGAACCCAUGGCAUAUAGUAACACUUCAAAUCAACCUGUGUACUCUGUGAUAUCUCCAACACAACCUGUAACUCCAAUUCAGUCUGUGCCAAGAUGUAUGAGUCCUAAACGGAAUGAGCCAUUGGGUAGGACCCCUGCCCUUCCUGUACAGACUCCUAUAUCAGCCACACACACCCCAGCACCUGUUCAGCCUUCAUCAUCUUGUAAAAUUCCAGUGCAGUCUAUACCAUACUGUGUCAAAGACAAACCAGCAACCUUUGGCUCUCCCACUCAGCAUAUGGCAUCUCAUAAGAUUCCUACACAAACCCUCCCUCACAAUUUGAUGUCAUUUUCUCCGGAGCUGUCCUGUGCCACUACUCCACACCCUGCUUCACACUUUAAGGGCCUAGUUGCAGUUGCGGCACAUGCCAUUCCUGUUGCACAAACUGCUGUACAUUGCAUUUUGGAUCAACAGAAUGUGGCAACCCAUGUGACUCCUUCCAUGCCGGUUCUGAUUUGUAGCCCUUCCACACAACCUGCGCCAGGUAAACUUUCUGUCCAAGCAUUGCCACACUGCAACGCUAGUAUGCAAAAUGCAAUGUCUUGCAGUAAUCCAUCUCAAAUCAUGCAACACUUUAAGACACCUACUCAAACAGUAUCACACUCCAAAUCAUUUCCACAAAACAUGUCACCUGUUAUAUGUCCACGCGAGGCAAUGAUGUACGCUAGUAAACCCCAGGAAACUGUGCUUCCCCCUGCUAAUUUCAGGCAUUCUUUACCUCCUUACGCCUGCCCUCCACAGACUACUCUGCUGUACUCUAAUUCUGGGGCGAGCCCCUCCCCUCCUCAGGCCUUCUGCUGCACUCAGGACAGACGAGACAGGAGAGAGUUCAUGCUUCCUCCCCCACCACCUCCUCCUCCUCCGUACACCCCCCGGAAAGAGGGCUCCUCUACUCCUGGACAGCACUGUAAGCCUCCUAUCCCCAAAGCUGAAAGCAACAAUGCCGAAAAGGACAGAGUGAAAACUGGGGUAGUGAAGCCAAAUGCUGAAGCAGGAACUCAUCAUCAGGUGGGUGAAACCCCACCUCCUAUCCCUCCCAAAACUAAGGCAAGAGCUACUGUGAGGCCCACCUGUUUAAGCGGCCAACGGGCGAUCCUCGGCCCAGAAUCCCAGGCCAGUGCAAACCACUUGCCUCCUGCUGGGGGGACAAACCCCCAGGCCCCCCUUGGACCAGCGGAGGGCCAAACAGACACUCUGCGGCAGGUGCAGGAGCUACUGGGGGGGCUUAUGUCUGGGGCUAAGUGUAAGCUGGACCUGGCAAAGGCAAAAGAGAAACUGUUUGGCCCAAACGGCCCUCUGUACGACAUUGGGGCUCUGCAGUCUCAGCUGCACAGCCUGGAAGGGGUUUUGGAGACCAGCCAGAACACCAUCAAGGUUUUACUGGAUGUCAUUCAGGAUCUGGAGAAGAAGGAGGCAGAGCGAGACGGGUGACACUCGUACCGAACGGGACAGGACAUUGAGAACUGUGGCACAUGCAGAGACUGCGCCUGUAUCAUAUACAGUGUGGAGCAUGACUUCCGGCUUCAGGAGGGUCAGGUGACGCGAGCGUGGAAGGUCCCGGAGCAGCAGGAGUCGGAGCAGAGCUCUCCUCAGCUGGUCUUUCCUCCUCCGCGCCAGCAGGACUCUCCACAGGCCCUCCAGACGGUCAAGAAGAGCCGCAGGAAGUGCUUCUGGUUCCUGUGAACUCUUUGAUAGAAGGACGUGACAUCACUAAUCAACAAAGACGGUUUCCAACCAACUCUAAGCCUCUUCUCUUCCGGUCCUCUGGUUUAACUUGUAUAGAGGCACAUCAUUCGCUUGACGAGGAGCCUUUAUUUAUUGUCUUUUUUAAAAUCAAGAUUAAUGGACUUAAAGGCUGCUCGCUUUCAUAUUUCAGAUUUAUAGUCCAUGGAAAGAAUUUAAAAUGUCCUUCAGACUCAAAAAUGUCAAUAAUUCACCCCAAAUCAAAAUUUUGUCAUUAUGCCCUAUUUUCAUUGAUCUGUAUGUGUUUUCUUAUGGAAUUACAAGUUGAGUGUUUCUGAUUGUUGACCAAUCAGAAACGCUCUCAAGCUGUCAAUCAUUUUGAGUGUUUGUUUUUUGUCGUUGGAAAAGAGAGGACUGCAUCUAUUUAUUCUGAUUUGAUUUCCCAGAUUUAUAGUUCAUGGUGAUCAUUUGUGUGUCAAAAACUGAGAAGGGGCUUUUUGUUGGUUCAUGUACCCUUUGAGCCAAUGCUUACUACCUGAAAAGGGAUCACAGCAGACAGUGAUUGAUACACAGUGACAGCAGGAGACGGGACACUAAGGACACAUUAAAGAGAGAGACAAAAGAGGAAUUACAGGUAAGAAAUGGAAGCAAGAUUACUGAUACAUCAUUUUGGAGCAAUGAGGGUCAAAACACCAGCUUUUAUACUAUGAAAACCUUUCAACAAAUCAAUUAUUCCACAUGCUUAACGCUUUUCUGAUCUAACAACUAUACGCGCACGGCGAUAUUUAAGGCAGAGAUAUUGGGAGAAAGUGAAUUUAAGGAGUGUGUCAUUUCAUUCUUUCUGAAUGCUUAAUUUCAGAAUCCAUUAAAAGCUCUAUAAAAUAUUUUACUACACAAAAAAACUGUGUCGGGUGCUAUUUAUUUGUUUUUUGGUCAUGGAGUAUUCAAUCACAGAUUGAUGCUUUUUCAUACAGACUAAUGCAGAACACUCUGAGGUGGGACAUUUUCACCAAGGCUGCCAGAAUAUACAGUACUAAUGGUGUGGAAUAAAAUAAAAAUUGCACAAAUCAUAUUUGCUUUGUAUAUAUAUAGCUAGCGAAGUUUAUAUUUACAAAUAACUACAAAAUAAUGCAUUUUAUUAUAUAUGGGCCUGUAAACAGAUCCUCUCAGAGAGUCGAGAUCACUAUUUCUGUUAACCCAGCUAACAGGGAACAUUCUCAUGAUGCUUUUUAAAAGUUAUAUAAAUGUUAGGAUAAAACGCUCUCAAAGUAAUGUUCAUGGAGCAUUCUUAUAACUCCAUUAAUGUUUAU